CGCCAUCUUCCUUGUGCGCAUGACCGGGGAACGCAAGAGGAAUAAUCCAUUCCAGGUGGAAAGAGGGUCCAAUACAAAUUGAUUAAAACGUAACAAAUAUUCCAGUAUUACUUCCCAAAACGCUUCUUACGCGCUUAAAGUUGCCAUGGUAAACCUUGCAGGAAUUCUGCGAGAUCACUGGGUCAAUGUCCUGGUUCCUAUUGGAUUUGUGAUUGGAUGGUACUUGGACAGGAGGAAUGAUGAAAAACUAAGUGCAUUCAGGAACAAAAGCAUGCUGUACAAAAGAGAAUUGAAGCCUGGUGAAGAAGUGACAUGGAGAUAAAGAUCAAUAAUCAUCAUCUUAAAUAAAAUAUAUUUGCUGACUUAAGCUUUA